GUCGUCUCUGACUCUCGCGGUACUGCUGCUCGAAGAUGGCGGCCGAACUGGUGGAAGCGAUGAACAUGGUCAAAAGUUUCCGGGUGUCAGACCUGCAGACACUGCUGGCCUCGAUGGGUCGCAGCAAAAGCGGGCUGAAGCAGGACCUGGUGGGGCGCGCACUGCGGCUGGUGCAGACCGAAUACAGCCCAGAGCUUCUGAAGAAUGUCAGGCAGCUCUACGAGUCGCGCUUCCCCAAAUCUUCUGGCUGGCUUGCGGCACGGCGUCCAGAGGGCGUCCCGGUUGCCUACUCGUCCCUCAGCUCAUCCCCCACCGCCACCUCUCAGGGUGCAGACUACCUCAACGGCAUUACCAAACCAACUCCGACACCUGCAGCAGAGGUCAAGCUAGUGCCACUACCCUUUUACCAAACCCUGGAGACACUGUUGCCACCAACAGAGCUAAUUUCCCAGAACAAUGAGAAACUGCAAGACAGUCAAUGCAUAUUUGAGUUAACACCAACCCAAGCUGAUCAGAUCAGAAAUGCAAGCGAGCUUCGUCCAGGAAUCAGAUCCAUCCAAGUGGUUCUUAGAAUCUGUUACACAGACUCCAUUGGUGUCCAGGAGGACCAGUAUCCCCCUAAUAUUGCUGUCAAAGUCAACCAGUCCUACUGUCAUGUGCCAGGCUAUUACCCCUCUAAUAAGCCUGGAGUUGAACCUCGUCGCCCUUGUCGACCUGUUAACAUCACUCCCUGGUUGCAUCUCUCCAGUGUCACAAACAGAGUCACCAUCACCUGGGGAAACUUUGGCAAGCGGUACUCGGUGGCUGUGUAUUUAGUGAGGGUCUUCACUGCAACAGACCUCUUCAGCCAACUCAAACUCUGCUCGGUGGAGAGUGCAGAUCGCUGUCGUGAACGAAUCCAAGACAAACUUCGCUUUGACCCAGAAAGUGAAAUUGCGACCACAGGCCUUCGAGUUUCUCUCAUCUGUCCAUUGGUUAAGAUGCGGCUCGGGGUACCGUGUCGAGUUUUAACUUGUGCCCAUCUCCAGUGUUUCGAUGCAGUCUUCUUCCUGCAGAUGAACGAGAAGAAGCCCACGUGGACUUGCCCUGUCUGUGACAAGCCCGCCCCCUUUGAGCUGCUCACAAUUGAUGGACUGCUAUCUGAGAUCCUAAAACAGACAAGUGAAGACAUUGAGGAGAUUGAGUACCUAACCGACGGCUCCUGGCAACCCAUCAGUGAUGAGAAGGAGAGGGACAGGGAUAGAGAAAGCAGCAACACGCCAGACUACCCUGAUGUUGAUAUAUGCAUUCCUGAGGCAAACGGUCAUUCACCAGCCCACAGCAGCACCAGCCUGACGGGCAAAUCUGGCAGCAGUUCCGUGGGGGGGGCAGGAGGCACGGGGGGAACUUCCGGGGCGCCGAGCGGAGGUGCGGUGGUAGAUCUAACUCUUGACUCUUCCUCUGAAGAGGAAGCCGGCGGGGCAGGAGGAGACAGCGAGGACACAGAGGAUAGCGCCGACAGUCCUGCUCCGAAGAGGGGCCGAUAUAACUACGACAAGGACCUGGUUACUGCCUACUGACCCCGCAGCUCUGUCCCCGCAUAGACUGACACAUACACAGAGACAAAGGCAGGGGGCUCAAAAGAAGCUUGAGGACAGGAACAGUAAUCCACUAGAUGCAACGACCCUCCCUUACGCCCAACAUUAGAGCCUUUUAGCAGCUCUGGUUUCUACCCAUACAAAGCAAACACACUCAAACAUGCACUGUUAAUGAAUCUUGAAUCUAGAGCGAUUAGGAUUCCUCUUUGUACUGUACACCACUGGAAGCGACUCUAACUCUUUUUGGUCAACUGUCACCUCACAGUGAAUAUCUGUACCGUCCUGCCUCUACUAAAGAAACUGAAUGGAUUUGAGCACCCCGACACCACCAUUCCCCCUUUCCUCCUCUCCUCCUCUCCUCCUCUCUUCCACUCCAUCACUCUUUGUAAUUGACUUGGAAUUACUGGCUCUUUUAGCCGUGGGCGUUCAAUGUUUGCGUUUAAGAAUUUGUCACAUCUGUGAUGAACAGGCAAGUUGAAAAGUGGAGGCACCUCAGUAGUUUUUGGAGAAGGAUCAAAAACAACCAUGGAAAAGAGGCACGAGUAACUUUUGGGGAGGACACAUGGCAGAGGUACGUGGAGUGUGAUGCAAAUCAAAACCUCUUCUGUUGGGUUAUAGUUUCUUCGUUCUUGGAAUGAGUUCAAAGCUUGAAAGGGUUUUUUCAGGAAUUUAUCCUUUUAAUUAUGAAAGGGCAGAACACAAUACUGGCCUCUGAUGUGUGAUGCUUUCCAUUUUUAUUUUGUCCUUUAGAUAAGAGAACCUACCUCAGUCAUAAAAAGAAACAUAGCAGACUGACCAGAGAGUAGCUGAGAAAGAAGCAGAGGACAGAAGAAUUGAUGAGUCUUUCUGAAGCCAAUUUUACACUGGAGAUUUUUUUUUCCUACAUUGUUUUUGUUUUUUCAAAGUCCAUUGUUACAUGCCGCUCCAUUUCCUCCGCAGCAGCAACAUCAUGUUGAAGGACUGGGUAGCUUGUGGUUAACCACCAGGCUAACUGUUGGUGUCAGUGAUGGGUGGAGCGGUCCCACUAAAUAACACAUUGCUGUAGUUGUUUUUGCUGUAAUAGGAUUAAUUAUGGUUGGUGUAUCAACAGUGAAAAUGGGCAUAAGACAUCAAAAUUACUGUUCGGCUGCUGUGCCAAAGCAGAUAAUUUUAAGAUUUCACUGACAGAAGGUGGUCAUGAGAAUUUGGUGCCUUUAUCUUUUUUUCUUUUUUUUGUUUUACACUAGCUGAGCUGACCAAUCAGAUCCCUCAGUCUGAGAGGCAUUUUGUUUGUUUCAAUUGCAGUACGAGCAAAGAAUCUGAGGUAAAGGACAGUCAUGGAACAGGUUUCAGAAGUGCUGUCCCUUUUCUUUUUUCUUCCCAUAUUUUGGUGUCUUUCUCUACAAGCAUUAUAUUUAUUUUAUUGCUUCAUGUUCUCUUAACAGUUGUGUGUAAUAAAUCAUCAUAGUAUUUGGCUGUAGCUCUGUACAGUCAGGAGCUUGUACUUGCAGAAAGCAGGAUACUUCAGCUGCUGUGGUUUUGGGUGUGGAGAGGCUCAUGGCCGGGCUGUUGAUGAACAGUCCUAUUUCUUUUCCUUUGAAUGAAUCCAACCUGGGUCAAAGAAGCAUUCGGAGCGUUUCUUGUGCUGACGGGGUUGAACAUGUCUAACUCUACAAAUCUGAAUGACUUGAAAAUAAGUGCAACCCCUGCCAAGCUGAAAGUCAUUCAUUGAAUUACAAAUUGUCCUGUCUGGAACAAGUGGAACUGCUUCAACCAACAAUCCCCCUUCGGCCUCCGCUCAGUGUAGAUUAAGUCACGUGUGUUUGCUGGAGUAGACCUGGACUUGCGUUGCCACACACUAGGCUCAGACUAAUGCUCUUCUACACCCGCACUAGUGUUGUCGGUUUGCGAUCGCUGCUACUCGGAUGAGGAAACAUGGGCUGCACGUGUUUGCAUUAGGUUUGUCUGCAGGACGGUCAGAAGAUAUUGCUGUGUUGAUGGGGGCUAUUUGCACUUUCAUUGGACAUAGAGUUUAUGGCUUAUUUAUUUUACGCCAUCCUGUAGUGAGUAUUAAUCCAAGAUAAAUUACCUUUGGGACCAGAUAUCCACUAACAUCUCAUGCAUUGGAAUCUGAACAUGUGAAACAAAAAAAAGGGUGCAGUCAUACUCCACUGUAAAACCCAGUUCUGAUCCCUUUUUGCCAGGCCUCACUGUCGGUAAGUGCAGCGUGCAAGCGGGACGUUGAUUUGAAAAAAGUAGGUUGACAAAAAUCGGGUCUUCCAUUUCUCUCCUCUUUUUGACACAUUGAAGUAGAUUUCUAAGAACAUACUGGUGAAAAUAUUUGGUAAUCACACAAAAUUGAUCGAUGACCUCUACUCCACCUGAGUCUGUCCCUGCAAGGAUAUUCUUUAUACAGUGCUUUGAAGCAAAAAUUUAUUGUGAAGAACUCUAAUACCUGUUUUUUACUAGGCAAUUUGAGUAACUGCUAUACAUUUAAAAUGACACUGUUCAUUUGUCGCUAGGUAUUGAAGGUUAUUAUUUGAAUGGAUCUCCUAAACUUGUCUAAAACUUGGUUAAAGAUGAGAGGCGGUGCAGGUUGCUUCUGUGGAUCUGAGCCAGAUGUGUUUGUGCAGGUUGUUUUGGGAGCAGGAGAGAGCUGAGGGUCUGGUCUUUUUGCAGUGGCAUCUCUUCAUCUUACAAUUAUUGCAUAAGGUAGCAUGGGCAGAGGCUUACAAUCCCUGAUGUAAAUGUUUCGUUUGUUGUGUUUUUUUUUAUAUGUUCAUAUUAAGACAAUAAAAUUAAAUAAUAUUUUAUUAAGCCUUGAAUCGCCUCCAGUUGUUCCUAAGGGUGGACAGACACAAGGAGCUGUUGAAGGGCAGCUGGAGCUAAUGCCACUGAGGACUGGGAGGACUGGUUCUGAGAUGUGGAUUGUUCAUGUCCUGUACCAAAUGCUCAGAUCUGGGGAUACAUUUGAUGCCUGUUGAGGAUAAAACUGUAAAAUUUCAAAUGAUCGUAUUCUAACAGCUGUUAUUGACGUGUGGAAUUAAUUAAAAUCAGUUCUUAAAAAUA